AUAACGGAGGCAAGCUAAGGUAGAGCCAAUUCCACAGCAUACUUUGGUGACCACAAACAAAGGAUCGAAAUACGUGGUUAACCCUUUUGCUUUUUUGGAAAGAAUAUGCGUGGCUGGCUCAUUUGUACCGGCCCUUUCUUUCCGUGCUCUAUAUAAUCUCCACCACUCCGUGCAUGCCAUCUUACCCUCAUCCACAAAUCCAGUUUGCUUCUGUCGCUUUUCUGCGAAGAGUACCACCACCAGGUCCGAGUACUGUCUUAGAGAAAGUAAUUAGUUUUCUUAUUUCUACUGUAUUAACCAUGCUAGAAGGAAAAGCAGUUAUUGGAGAGACUGAUAUGCUCCAAACCAUGCAGCAGGAUGCCCUUGAUCUAGCAGCAAAAGCGCUCGACUUUUUCGAUGUCACCGAUGCCACUGAGAUUGCCCGCUUCAUAAAAAAGGAUUUUGAUGGGGCAUAUGGACCUGGGUGGCAAUGCAUUGUCGGGACAGAUUUUGGUUCGUUUGUGACGCAUUGCUCUGGCUGCUUCAACUAUUUUUGCAUAGGCAGCCUUGCCAUUUUGCUCUUCAGGGGCUCUGCGGGUCCAGAAGUUGAGACAAGUCACUUUGCAGCCCUAGAGACAGUGAAAGCUUGAUUUUUUUUCUUCUCCAUUACUCAUCUUCUCGAUCGAAUCCUGUCUUACUUGUGUUCGUAGACCUGAAAGAUCUUUUUUUUUUUUGGCAAAAUCCUAAAUCCAUUAUCCACC